UCGUAGGAUAAAAUUGUCCUAUGUGAUUCUGAAGUUUCAUAAUAACGUGGCAUAAUUUCGUCCUUAGAUCUAUUUAUUGAUGAUGUGUCCUUUAAUCUUUCCGUUAACAGUCUCUCUCCAUUUGAUAGUAAAAUGGAGAUGAGCCGAAUCCGAAAACCUAGCCGGUAAGUAACCACCACCACCCCCAAAUUCAACCAAAUUUAAAGUAGAGCUCACAAAAUUUGCAAUUUAUUUGUUUCACUUGACUACCCCUCUAUACAUUUCCUUUCAAUUCUCAGAGAUAAGAGUAUUUUGCGGGUUAGGGCUUGGGUUUGGGUUUGAGUUUGAGUAGCAAAAGUUUCAAAAUGGAAGAAAUCACCCAAAGUGUUAACAACAUCAACUUGGGCGCCGAUUCCCAAAAGAAGAACCGGAUUCAAGUUUCCAAUACCAAAAAGCCCUUGUUUUUUUACGUUAAUCUGGCCAAGAGAUAUAUGCAACAGCACAAUGAGGUGGAGCUGUCUGGCCUUGGCAUGGCUAUUGCAACGGUUGUCACAAUUGCAGAAAUUCUGAAAAACAAUGGUUUGGCUGUUGAGAAGAAGAUCACAACUUCAACAGUUGACAUGAAGGAGGACUCUAGAGGGCGGCCUGUCCAAAAAGCAAAGAUUGAGGUAUUACUGGGGAAGACAGAAAACUUUGAUGAAUUAAUGGCAGCUUCUGCUGAAGAAAGAGAUGCUAUAGAUGGAGAAGAGCAGAGCUGAAGAAGUUUUUUACUUUCAAGUGGUCAGUUCUUAAUGCUAUGGUAUGGUUAAGGCAAUUAGGUUUCUUACACAUUGUAGGUGUUUGAGUUAUCUUGGUCUUGCUAUAGGAUGGUAAUUAAAAAAAAAGGUUUUCCUUUCAAUAUUCAAUUUUGUUAACUGAUUUUUUUGGCUUCUAUUUUCCCAAAUAUGUUGAUGCGGUGUUGGUAUCAUUGUGAACUAUGCCUUUGUUAAUUAAAAACAAUUAUGAUUUAA